AUGUAGACCGUUUAGUUCUUCAGUUAUCUGCCUAAUUUGUCAAUAUUGGGAAACCAUCCACAAUCAUGAGUUUAAGUAAAAGUGUAUUAUUAUUAUUUUUUCUAUAUCUCAACAAGUACAGUCAUGGUGACGAAAAUUGCACCAUAUCAGAUUUUCUUCUACAGCAGUUCAAAGAAGGAGAAUACAAAUUCGAUUUAGGACAGCGACUUGAAGUAACCAACAGUUCAAUAUCACCAGUAAAUUACUAUGAAGUGACUCGACUGGUUAACUACGAAAAUUGUUUGGGUUUCACAACUGAAACUUUGGACACCAUAGUACUCGAUUGCCCAGAAAAGAGCAUGGAAAGAAUUGGUUGUUUCCAAGUUUUUACUCCUCAAUAUAACACUACAUUAUCUAUUGAAAACGAAAGAAAAAUAUGUGCAAGCAAACUGAACGAAUCCUGCAUAGGACUUUUAAUUAAAGAUAAAAUUACGAUAAUUCUGAAAUGUUCCACAAGUAAUUGUUUCCAAAUAGAGGGGAGACUAUAUGGAUUAACAAAAAAACGUAUUGUAAGGAUACGAACUAAUAAAAUUCCACCAAGGGAAUGAAGUUUUCAGAAAAAAUUAUUUCACAUUGUUUACAUUUUCUUACAAAUAUUUGCUUGUUACAAGUGUAUACUGAAUAUCCUUUUUUUGCUUUAAAAUCUUCUAUUUUAAACCAAUGUUUAGAACGACAAGAUAUCUCUAACUUAUCAAAUAAAUUUCAGUAUACCUAUUUA